GAUUCUCUCGACUAGUCACGUUUUAAAGCUUCUGCGAGAAUCGUGGACGCUUCUUAAUUGUUUCACUGAUGUCGCAUAGGAAGUUUGAGCGUCCUCGCCAUGGCUCUUUGGGAUUUCUUCCAAAAAAGAGAUCGCCACGCCACAGAGGAAAAGUGAAAGCAUUUCCUAAGGACAAUCCUGCGCUAAAGCCUCACUUCACAGCGUUCCUUGUUUACAAGGCAGGCAUGACACACAUUGUGCGCUCAGUGGAUCGUCCUGGAUCUAAGCUACAUAAAAAAGACAUUGUUGAAUCUGUUACCAUCUUGGAAGCUCCGCCUAUGGUUGUUGUUGGUCUUGUGGGUUAUUUGGAAACUCCUAAAGGGCUUAAAGCCGUUACGACAGUUUGGGCUAGCCAUAUUAGUGACGAGUGUAGAAGACGUUUCUAUCGUAGUUGGUAUAAAAGUAAAAGAAAAGCUUUUACAAAGUAUGAAGCAAAACGAUGUACUGAAGCCGGAGAAGAAAAGAUGCGCAUAGAGUUAGAUCGAAUUAAAGGUUAUUGUCAGGUUGUUCGAGCUAUCUGUCAUACUCAAGUUUCAAAAACACCAAUUGGGCAAAGAAAAGCUAACAUUAUGGAAAUACAAAUAAAUGGAGGAACUGUUCCGGAAAAAGUGGAUUUCGUUGUUUCAAUGUUCGAACAAGAGUUACCUGUAUCAACUGUAUUUGAAAAUGAAGAAACAAUUGAUGUUAUCGGUGUGACAAGAGGACAUGGUUUCCAAGGUGUCGUGACACGUUGGGGAGUUACUCGUCUUCCUCGCAAAACUCAUCGUGGUUUAAGAAAGGUUGCUUGUAUCGGUGCAUGGCAUCCUGCUCGUGUUCAAUUUCAAGUACCUAGACAUGGUCAAUAUGGAUAUCACCAUCGGACGGAGAUCAAUAAGAAAAUAUACAGAAUUGGUUCUGCUUCCGACAAUGCUAAUGGAUCUACUGAGGCUGAUAUUACUGAAAAAACGAUUACCCCAAUGGGAGGAUUCCCUCACUAUGGUGAAAUUCGCAACGAUUUUAUUAUGAUAAAAGGAACUGUUAUGGGAUCAAAAAAACGUGUCAUAACUCUUCGAAAGUCUUUAUUACCACAAUGCUCUCGAAUUUCUCAGGAAAAAGUUAAUCUUAAAUUUAUUGACACAUCCUCCAAAAUGGGUCAUGGACGAUUCCAAACUACAGAAGAAAAAAUCAAAUUUUAUGGUCCCCGUAAAAUCGCCGUUGAAGCGUAGUCAACUUUUUUUCUGCAUCACUAAGUUAUUGAUUUCGUUGUACAUCCUAUUUUUAAUGUUUUUAAAGCGGGUGAUAAAAAACAAAAUUUUGCUUGUUGAAAAAUUAAAAACGCUUUUUUCGUAAAGUAAAUUUAAAAAAAAAUG